AUGUUAUUCUUAAUACCAUUCGUGUGGUUACUAUCCUUAUUGGAAUAUGCUCAUGCAGAGAAUUAUAUUGAAUCAACAUCGUUAUUAACUUGUAUGGAAAAUUCCCAAUUUUCAGCAUCAUAUUUCGAUAUCACAUUUUUCCCUCAUAAUAAUACAUUUUAUUUCCAUGUUACUGCUCUUUCAAGUAUAAAUAAUGUCGAGGUUGGAGCAAAUGUCAAUUUAAUUACUUAUGGAUUAAAUGUCUUACAAAGAAAUAUAUCACUUUGUGAUAUCAGUUAUGACGAUGGUCAAUCUAAAAAUAAUCCAUUAUGUCCCUUAACUAGUGGACAUUUAGAUUUAAAUUCCCAAUAUACUAUCGGUGAAUCAGUUACUAGUCAAAUUCCUGGGAUAGCUUAUACUAUCCCCGAUUUAGAUGCAAGUGUAAGAGUCAUUAUCUAUGACGCAAAAACUUUUGAACUGUUAGCUUGUGUCGAAGCAAGAUUAUCAAAUGGAAAAACCGUCGCAACUAAAUAUGCAGCAUGGCCAAUUGCAGCAAUCGCAGGUUUAGGGGUUAUUACUUCUGGGGUAGUAUCAGUUAUUGGUCAUUCUAGUACUGCAGCCCAUAUUGCAUCCAAUUCUAUGUCACUUUUCAUUUAUUUCCAAUCAUUGGUAAUAACUGCUAUGAUGGCCGUUGCCAGAGUCCCUCCAAUUGCUGCUGCUUGGGCACAAAACUUCGUUUGGUCAAUGGGUAUUGUCAGAGUUGGUUUUGUUCAAGACAUUGCUAAUUGGUAUGUUCAAUCUACAGGUGGAACCCCAACUGAUAUUCUUGACACAAAUUAUAUUUCUGUAUCAGUUCAAAAAUUCGUUAAACGUGCCGCACAACAAUUCUGGGGUCUGUUAAUUAAAUUUACCAAUAUUCCCCUGAAAGAUAUUGUUAAACGUGCGACUAUUACCUUGGAAGCUGCAGGUGCAACUUCGGAUAGUCUUAACCCAGAUUUAUAUUCAACAAAUGAAAAAGAUCCUCAACUAUCGGGAAAAAUUCUUGUCUUGAGAGGUAUUCAAAGAGUAUCUUAUUUAGCUGGUAUUGAAAUCACUGACUUGUUCAUGACAGCUAUUAUCUUUUUGUUCUUCUUUGCAUUUGUCAUGAUUGUAUGUUUGAUGUUAUUUAAAGCGGUAAUUGAAAUUUUAAUCAGAUCCAAUUUGAUGAAUGAAGGGAAAUUCAAUGAAUACCGUCAACAAUGGGCUUCGAUUAUCAAAGGUACCUUGUAUCGUUUAUUCGUGUUGGCAUUACCACAAAUCUGUUUAUUUUGUCUUUGGGAGUUCACAUCUAGAGACUCUGUUGGUACUGUCGUUGUUGCUGUAUUCUUAUUGGUUAUCACAUUGGCAUUAUUGAUACAAGCCGCUGCGAGAGUUUAUCUUAAGGGUCGUGAAUCUGUACGUGAAUUUAAAAACCCAGCUUACUUAUUAUAUGGAGAUGGUAAAUUCCUUAACCGUUUUGGAUUCCUUUAUGUGCAAUAUCGUGCUGAUUGUUACUAUUUCAUCUUAGCUGCCUUAGUCUACAUCUUCCUCAAAUCAUUAUUUGUUGCAUUAUUACAAAGUCAAGGGAUGGCACAAUCAGUUAUUGUGUUUGUCAUUGAAUUGGCCUUCCUUGUUCUUGUUUGUUGGCUCCGUCCGUUUAUGGAUAAAAGAACCAAUAUAUUCAAUAUUACAAUUGCCGUCAUCAAUACUAUCAAUGCAUUAUUCUUUAUGUUUUUCUCCAACAUCUUCCGUCAACCACAAGUUGUUUCAUCGGUUAUGGCAGUGGUUUAUUUCGUACUUAAUGCCGUCUUUGCCUUGUUCUUACUUAUUUUCACCAUCGUGACAUGUGUCUUGGCUUUACUUUACAAGAAUCCUGACGCAAGAUAUCAACCAAUGAAAGAUGAUAGAGUUUCAUUCUUACCUAGAUUCGGUAAGGAUGGAAAUGCUGCCAAUCAAGGACAAGCUAAUCCAAAUGAAGAUUUGGAACUAAUGGCAUUAGGAGCAACCGCAAUGAAGGGACAUGAACAUGGUGGAACUAAUGGGGAACAAGGUCUUAAUGGUAAAUCUGAGAAUGAUUCCGUAUAUGAUGAUGAAUUGUCUAUGUUUGGUCCUACUCAAAAUGCAUCCCGUGUUUAUUCUGAACCAAGUUAUGAUAGAGUGGAACCUAUUCAACCUAAUUCCACAAUUGGUGGAAAUCCAUAUAACGCUCAUAGAGGAUAUAAUGCUCCUAGUGGGUAUAGUGGACCGGCUUCGGGGCCACAAAGUCGAAAUGCACUGAAUCCAUUCUUAGGUAGUGAAAGCAGUGGGCCUGCAAGUUAUUCUAAUAGUAGGAGUGAUAGUCGUGUGAAUUUUAUAUAG